GAUGUAGCCGAGGGGCCGCGACGAGGAUUCAGAGAAAACCAGGGGGAGAGUAAACAGCAAAAUGGCCCCCCGCGGAAGCACAUUGUGGAUACCUAUACGGAGUUUUACCACACACCCACCCACAGCGAUGCCAGCAAGAAGCGACUGAUUGAAGACACUGAAGACUGGCAUCCCCGGACAGGCACCACCCAGUCCCGCUCUUUCCGCAUCCUUGCCCAAAUCACCGGCACUGAUCAUAUGAAAGAACCAGAACAUGAAGCUGCGAAGAAGACUAAUGAUUCCCUGGAGGCUACCCAGCCCCCUGCUUUUACGGCCGCCUCAGUGAGGAGCAUGCCCGCCCGCCAAGAAAACGCCGAUGCGAGACCUGCUCCCGCCAGCACCACAUCUGCUGCCGCCCUCAAGCCAACGGGAGCCCCGGGUGCUGCCAAGUACUCGGGCUGGCAGGCUCCAAACCAAGCAGCUCCUGCCAGUGGAUGGACAUCAAACAAUAUUAAACCACCUGUAACAACUGCCCCGAGUGAAAAAUUUGUGACAGCACCUCAGCUAAAUGAGCAAGACACGUUGGUUCAGAGGGCAGAGCAUAUUCCAGCGGGAAAGCGUACUCCCAUGUGUGCGCACUGUAAUCAAGUCAUAAGAGGACCCUUCUUGGUGGCUUUGGGAAAGUCGUGGCAUCCAGAGGAGUUUAAUUGUGCUCAUUGCAAAACCUCCAUGGCUUACAUUGGAUUUGUGGAAGAGAAAGGAGCGCUGUAUUGCGAGGUCUGCUAUGAGAAGUUCUUUGCCCCUGAGUGUUCAAAGUGCCAGAGGAAGAUCCUUGGAGAAGUAAUAAAUGCUUUGAAACAAACUUGGCACGUUUCCUGCUUCGUGUGUGUGGCCUGUCAUAACCCCAUCCGCAAUAACGUCUUCCACUUAGAAGACGGCGAUCCCUACUGUGAGACGGAUUACUAUGCUCUCUUCGGUACUAUGUGCCAUGGCUGUGAAUUCCCCAUUGAAGCCGGAGACAGGUUUCUUGAAGCCCUGGGCCACACUUGGCAUGACACUUGCUUUGUAUGCUCAGUAUGUAGUGACAGUUUGGAGGGUCAGACUUUCUUCUCCAAGAAGGACAAGCCACUGUGCAAGAAACAUGCCCACUCUAUUAACAUCUGA